AUGCUUGAUCAUGACUUUGUCCUCUGUUAUAAUAUUUGUGAAUUUAAGCCAGCUUGUUCAGCUACUAUUUCACAGGUUUCAGUGAAAGCAUUAGAAAAGUCAAUGCCUGAUGAAGGCAAUGGAUCUCAUUGUGACGAAGAUCAUUUUUUGUACACACAGCAUGAAGCUGGUCAUUUUCUAGUUGGCUACUUGCUCGGGGUUCUUCCACGAGGAUAUGAAAUACCAAGCAAAGAAGCUUUAAGGCAAGAUAGAUUUGCUGCAGGGAGAGUGGAGUUUGUGGGAUUUGAGUUCCUUAGAGAAGUUAGAACAACAGAGAUAGUAGAGAAAAAAUUCAGUAAAGGGAAAUCCAAAAAAGGCAAAAUUUCUUCCAAGACCUUAAACAGGUUUUCAUGUGUAAUAGUAGCAGGAUUGAUAGCAGAGUACCUAGUAUUUGGAUGCUCUGAAGGGCUUCAUUCUGAUGUUGAACAGCUGGACGAAGUGCUCAAGUGGCUGGGCUUCUCAGAGAGUGAAGCUUACUCCCAAAUGAAAUGGGCUGUACUGAAUACUGUUUUGAUAUUGAGUCGUCACCAUGAAGCUAGAUUAAGACUGGCGAAGGCCAUGGCAUUGGGAAAACCAGUAGGCUACUGUAUUGAUACAAUAGAGAAUGUUAUAAAGGAAGUAAUUUAGGUGA